CAUGCAGUCAGAGAAAUGAUGAUGAAUGAGUUGAACUUGUACGACAAGAAGGGAACAGCGUUCAGGCAAGCAGUGCAGACGGAUAAGAUCAGCGAAACAAUAAUGACCAGCACACCAGAAGGCAUAUGUCCAUUGAAUAACAACAGCAGAAUUCAUGAUUGCUUCAUUUUUGCAGUUCCUCCUGGGUUGUCCACGAUUUCGGCUAAGUUCACGAUGAGACGAACGAGAAGGCGAAGAUCAGCAACGUUAACUGCAACACUGUAUGAAAUAUGGCAAGGCGGUUCAAGGGGAGUACUCGGUAGAGGUGGCAUUGACGGGGGAGAGCUGGAUAUUUCGAACAUUCGAUUGGAAGUUCUUCGCAAUGCUGCUCACUGGUUCAACAAGGAAUCUUCCAUGAGCACCAGUGUUGAUCGAUGGAUCAAGGUAGAAGUGCUAGCAAACGGGCAUCCUGCUCAAUAUUUCGAUUACUUUGAUGGAGCACCAGAACUGGAUUUUGUCUAUUAUGAUGGGCCAAAAGCGAGUAAGUGCGACCCUUCGGUCGAGUGCUGCCUCGUCGAACAUUACGUGAACUUCACUGAGAUCGGGUGGGACAAAUUCAUACAGUACCCAGCUGGUUUCUAUGCUAACUACUGUAUAGGUCCUUCUAAUAUGAGGUGUCCACAUGAAAAUCCAGAAGUUGAGUAUUUACUCAGUACGGCACGAGCACAAUCGGAACUACCUUUGAAACCAUUCGCAUGCGCUCCACGAAGCUUCGCACCUCUUCGAAUCCUCUACACUGUUGGACCAAAUCAUUCGAUGAGCCUUGUUUUACCCGACAUGAUCGCUCUCUCGUGCUCAUGUAUGGCUUGA